AUGAAUGACAAUGAUGAAGAAUGGGAAAAUUUGGUUAAUGAGAUGGAAUCAAAUGAUGAUUUGUUGGAGAAUGAUGAAAAUGCACAUAAGCAAAAUGAAGAACCAACAGGGCAAGAAUUGUCACCACCAAAUACAAAUGAUACCCAGCAAGAUGAAAAGCCAAGUGGGGAAGAAUUAUCAUUAUCUAAUACAAAUGAGAUUGUGCAAGAUGAAGUUGAACAUAAAGAAUAUGGACUAGUAAAUAUUUAUGAUCCGGGAAAUUUGGGUAACAAUAUUUACCAAAGUGUGAGAGAUAUCUUGUUAGAUACAAAGGGUUCUAAGGAUUGGAAAAAUAUUAGUGCUAAACUUAGCGGUCAUAAAACUUAUUCAAGACAUAUUAUAAAUCUUAAUAAGUGGGUGGAAUUGGAAAACAUAUUGCAAAAGAAGGUGACCAUAGACAAAGAGAUGCAGGAACAGAUCAAGAAAGAGAAGGAUUAUUGGAUUCAAGUCUUGAUAAGAAUAGUGUCCCUUGUUAAAACUCUUGUCAGGAAUAAUUUGGAUUUCCGUAGAGAUGUCGGCAAGAUUGGCGAACCACAUAACGGUAAUUUUUUGAGCUUUAUUGAAAUGAUCUCUGAAUUUGAUUUGGCAAUGCAAGAACAUUUUAGGCGUAUUAAAGAAAAUGACAUUCAUCAUCAUUAUCUUGGACCCCAAAUCCAAAAUGAAUUGAUUUCAUUGUUGGCACGUCAUGUUGGGGAAAAAAUUGUUAAAAAGAUUCAAGAAGCCAAGUACUUUUCUGUGAUACUUGAUUGUACUUCAGACAAAAGUCGUGAAGAACAAAUGUCUGUUGUUAUAAGGUGUGUAGAUGUUUUGGCAACUCUGACGAAAGUUGAAGAAUUCUUUUUAGGUUUUUUGAAAAGGACAGGAUAUGAUAACGGAUCUAAUAUGAGUGGAAAGAACAAGGGGGUGCAAAACAGGUUACUUGAAGUAAAUCCUAGAGCAUUUUACAUGCCAUGUGCUUGUCAUAGUCUAAAUCUUUUGAUUUUGGAUAUGGCUAAAUCAUGUCCCAAGGCAGUAACAUUUUAUAAGGUUGUGCAACAUUUGUUUAAGUUUUUUUCAGCAUCUACUAAGCGUUGGCAAGUGUAUCAAGAUAAGGUUGGUGGUCUCACAGUUAAAGCAUUGUCAGAUACUCGAUGCGAAAUCCAUAUUGAGGCUAUUAGAGAAAUACGAUUCCAAGAUCCGAAAAUUCAAGAGGCUUACUUUACUUGUCAGAGUCCAGCGAGUUUACUGCAGAAACAAGAGCUGAAGCUUCUUCACUAUUAG